ACUCCUGCCCCUGCCAUGCCGCAUGAUGCGGUUGGCUCCGCCAUCUUCGGCGGUCUCCUGGGCCUCUCUCCAGAUGCGUCACUCUGUGCGCGCUGGCGCGCGUCGGACGCCGGCUGGGGCGUCUGCCUCGACGAGCUGCGGGACGGCUGCAUCGUGUACACGGCCGGGCCCGGCAGCGGCGAGAGCUUCGCGAGGGAGUUGUCGGCGCACGGGUGCGCCGUGCACGCCCUGGACGCCAAGGGGGACAGGCCUCACCCAACCCCGGCGUCAACCUGA